CUCUUUUCUGUAUAAACUAACAGUUUUAUUUUACUUGUGAAUACAACCGUAACAUUAUUAAUUAUUAUUAUCAGUAAGUCAGACGUACAAACGCGUUUUCGUCGUUAAAAACUACACAAAGCAAAUAAAUCGGUUGUUUUUAACUUUAAGCGAGUAGGAAAAGAGGUACCAUCGACCAUCCGCUUGGAAGCUUUGGAGCAAAAGAAUUCAAGGAUCCAACGCUUCGCGAGCGUGAAAAUCAAUUAUAGAAGAGUUUCUGGGCAACAAUGGGAGAAGCAAAGGUCAACUACGACGGGGCUUCGGUAAAGGAAGUGGCUGACGAGAGAAUGGUACACGGCGAAGGACCGUUUUGGGAUUCUGAGAACAAUGUCUUGUACUUUGUCGACAUAGCCCAACACCGUGUGUACAGACUAUUUCAGAAUCGAUUGGAACACGUUCAGCUCGAUGAAACCGUGAGCUUUGUCAUUCCCGUGGCUGGACAACAGGGUCUGUUCGUGAUUGGCCUGGGUACCACGCUGGCUGCACUCCGGUGGAACCUCAACGAAAACACCUUCCGGGUAGUGGAGUUGACCGUGGUAGACGCCGACAAAGCAGGUAACCGCUGGAACGAUGCCAAAGCCGACGCCAGCGGAUACCUAUGGGCAGGCACUAUGGGCUUUGAAGACUCUGACGGUGUUAUACCUCCGGGCCGGGGUACCCUGUACAAGUUAAACCAUACGUCUGGCUGUUUUCAGAGUAUCGAACCUGUUUUACCAGGGGUGUCGGUGUCAAACGGUUUAGCUUGGACCAAAGACGGAUCGAGGAUGUUCUACAUCGACUCGCCGACCAAGCAAAUAGCCGUAUUCGACUACAAUCCCUCUAAGGCAUCUAUAUCCAACCGCAGAGUGUUUUACGACUUUAAGACCGACAAUUUGCCAGGUGUGCCGGACGGAAUGACCAUAGACGACCAAGACGACUUGUGGAUAGCCAACUAUGACGGCGGUCAGGUUUUGCAUGUUAGCGGUUCUUCGGGUAAGUUGUUGGGCAAACUGAAGCUUAAAGCGCAGUACAUAUCUUCAGUAACUUUUGGUGGACCCAAACUGGACAAGCUUUAUGUGACUACCCUCAGUCGGGGUGUGACGUCCGAGCAGUUCAACGAGUACCCGAUGUCCGGUAAGGUGUUGGAAGUAACCGGUCUGGGAGUGAAAGGCUUGCCAAACCGUCGUGUCAACGAAAAAUGCUUCAAACUGCUAUAAGGGUAACGCACCUCUCCUUCCAGUGUUGAACCGUCUAUCAUAACUCUUUGAACUCUUCGUAUUGUUAUAAUCGCCCCGAAAACAGUUUUUUGGCCUUAUCGUGGCGAUUCAUUUUGACUCGGUAGUCAGCUAGACGUAGAGUAUAAAGGUUAAUUAAUUUUAUCUUAUCGCUGUAUUCAACGACCGUGAUGGUUUUAAUUAGCCUCGGUUUAUCAUUACCGAUUCACAACAAUAAGUAUUUAUAAAAAAAAAAAUGUUUUUCUCACAUUAUCAAAGCAUGUUUUUUACAUUUUAUUUUUGCAUUUAUAAGAUUUGUAUUAUACCAAUAAUAAAUAUCAUAUCAUAAUUAUAA